AUGAUUUGACAGUUAUAUUAUUCUAUACAUUCAGUUGAAUGGGUUGCUCAACAGUUUAUAUUCUUGUCCUAUUUUUUGGAAAUGCAGUAUUUUCACAUUUCUCGAGAGAUUUUAUUAAUGGGAGCAUUGAUAAAACAGGAACGAUAGAAAAUCGUAACCACAAUUAUCUUGCAAACACUCAUGCAGAGUGGUUAAUAGAAGCUCCAAAAGGUUACUCAAUAACGCUGCAGUUUUCUCAGCUAAUAACAGAGUGCUCUUUUGACUAUUUAUUUGUCUAUGAUGGUCGUAGUCAAUCAUCGGACACUAAAAUCCUGGCAACCAUUAGUGGAAGCUCAUCGCCAUCAGUGCUUUACGCCAAUUCUGGCUCAAUGCUAAUCGUCUUUUUCACGGACCAAAAUUCUAACAGAUUUGGUUUUCAAGCAACGUAUAAAGUAUCGCAAUGUCCCAAUGACUGUCGAAAGGACCUAAAUGAACGGCACAUAUGUAAACGUAAUGGAGACGAUUCCAAUUUUUAUUGCGAUUGUAUCGGAGGCAUUUACGAAGGCAUCGACUGCUCGAUUCCAGCUUGCCCUGAAAACUGUGGGUAUCAUGAACGCAGAGGUAUGUGCAAUGAGAACAAGGAAACGGAAACCCAGGUUGAUUCUUCCAGUGCUUCCAACUCCAGUAACGCAGAAAAUUUUCUCUGGAAAUGCAAAUGCGAGACAAAGAAAGGCUACUUUAUCGGAGAGAGCUGCAUACUUGAAUUGGACCGAGAGAAAAAUUACCAGACAUGGACCAGACUGUAUAGUAAUGGGAGGGAAGGACCGACACCAGUGACAGGCGCGGAUGCUGUCGUAAUUAAAAAUCACUCGGAUCCUCUCGGAGGAAAACUACUCUACACAUUUGGAGGGUUUGAUCUUACGGAAGUUGUGGACGCAUUCCAUGUUUACGACAUCUAUAACACCAAAUGGAACAUUGAAAAGCCAAAGUCGACUCCGGUGCCAAAAGGAAGAGCAUUCCACACUUUGACCAAUUUCGGAGACUCUAAAAUAGCAAUGAUUGGUGGGGUACUGAAGUUACAGUACAAAAGUCAAGAUGAGAGAAUGGAGCGCUGGGUUUGGGUCUAUGACACAAAAAGCCGAAAUUGGAUUCAUUACAACUGGCCAUUCAAACAAGGAAUAGCUGAUCACACAUCAACACUGGUCGGUCACGAAAUAUUUGUAAUCGGGGGACGACUUGCAAAUGAUUCGUACAAUCACUUUAUUUACGUCCUGGACACCGUCAAAAUGACGUGGUCUGCUAGGACUCCAGAAGGCUACCAUGGCUUACUAUUGCGCCGAGUCGGUCAUACGACCGUCUACGACAAGAAGAGAAAAGUUUUGCUCGUUUUUGGAGGUUACGCACCCUUUUCUCCGAGCUUUUCCAAAAAGACGAACGAUCUGCUAGCCUACAGUACUGACAUGAACUAUCUAACGAUGUGGGAGACUGUGGAAAGAGACAGAGGAGCGAAGCCGGAUGAGCUGGCACAUCAUAGUGCAGUGAUAAUGGGCAAUUACAUGGUGGUGUUCGGGGGCUCGAUGAAGGGCGAUUCGGCUGAGAAGAGCUGUGUAAUGAACGAGACUUUUCUGUUCCAUUUAGAUUGUCAUAUGUGGAUUGACAAAGAACGCGUCUUGAUCGGAAAUGGAGGCGAAAACUAUUAUGAACUUGCAAAACUUGCGGAAAAGUUGCAAAUGUCCAUGAACGGUCUCUCGACUACAAUGCAUGCGGCUCCUCCACGUAAGGGCCAUGUUGCAGUGCUGCUGGACGACAACUUGAUGGGUAUUUACGGAGGAUACGACGGAACUGUGCGAUCAGACUUGUAUGUCUAUAAGGCACCUCCGAGUGUUUUCGACGAGCAAGAAGAUGCAGUAUGUCAGGAAGCGAGUCAGAAUGAAGAGCUGUGCCAUCAGGAUCCAAAGUGCUCCUAUUGCCACGAAUGGACUGGAGGCAACAAGGCUUGCCUAUCCAGGUCUGAUCCGAGCGGUUGUCGAAGUGUACCUACUAAUGGUAUGUGUCCCGGCGUGUGUGGAUCUCAGGCUGAUUGUACUUCGUGUCUAUUGUUCGGAAACGAGAACUGUUUCUGGUGUUCAGCUCAACAGAGAUGUAUGAACAAAACGGAUCAGACUGAGAUGGAACCUCAUUGUCCUAAUACUGGCCCCGAUAACACGGGAGUCACAAACAUUCUUGACAGCUGCAAAUACGACUUCCCAAGAGGGUUCAUUGAGAAAAUAUUUUUCCAACCAGUGAACUGGGACUACCCUGACUACGUCAAAGUUGGACUGGGUUCCGACAUCCCACUGUUCUUCGACAUUGAGAUGGAUCCGAGAUAUGUAGUGUCAAUGAGAGGUCCGGAUCAACACGCACCAAUUGUAGCCCAAUUCAGAGGUACUCUCGAACUAAUGGGCGCUGCUGACGGACAAGCCCAAGUGUAUGCCAUGCUUCUGGAAAACCUCAACACUUCUGUGAAUAUAUCGGAAAAAAAGAUACCAGUGACGAAGAAUGCGCCUGUUUGGUAUGACGCGGAUUCCUUGACGCAUAAGGAGUGGCUGUUUUUGAACGAUACAAAAUGUGAAAGCUCUGAUGGCUGCGAUAUUCAGAUUGAAGCAAAUAUGACUGUCAGUAAUCGACAAGCAAACGGUCGACUGAAAAUAUUCAAAACGAAUCAUAAUGGCUCUAAGAUUUCGGACCUCAGCAUACAUCAGAUAAAACCCACGCGAUGGUCCAAACAGUGCUCGCGGAUUCUCUCAUGUCUCGAGUGCACAGGCGAAGGAGUAGGUGUUUGUGGGUGGGACGAACGUGAACGCAAAUGCAUCGGCAAAUGGGAAACGCCCCAGGAAAAAUCUCUGAAACCAGGACUAGUGGUUUACCCCCACCAUUGCAUAACAUGCACAGAUCACGUUGAGUGCACAUCUUGUAAUGCCCAAGAGGGUUGUGUGUGGGCUAGAACCAGCACAAGUGUGCAAUGUUUGAGAAGACCUCCAGAACAAGAUUUAGACGAGGAGAAAAAGUUGUCAGAAGCGCAACGAAAGUUCCGACCUGCUGCUUGUCCGAAACCGUGUCAUUUACGAGCAACGUGUGGCGAGUGUUUCAAAAUUGGAAGCGAAACUGGCUCGAGGUUCUCGGAAUGCGCUUGGUGUGAGAGUCUCCAAAAGUGCAUGCCAUUUUACAUGUACUUGCCGGCGUAUUCGUAUGGAAUUUGCAAGUCGUAUUCGGAAAAAAAUACCCCGGCGAAGUGUACGAAGUGUUCCGAAAAAGAUACUUGUGCCUCGUGUUUGAAUCACCCUGGCUGUGGGUUUUGCGAAGACAACGGUGUAAAUGGCAAAUCGUCUUGUGUGGGAGGCAAUUUCAAUGGUCCAUUCGAAACAUGCGCGGCUGACUUGUUCUCGACGACCAUGAGUAGUUCUCUUUCAAAGUACAAACCCAGACCAAAAAGUAGUAGUGUCAGACUGGAUCACAACUACUUCUACCACAAGUGUCCGAACAGAGACGAGUGUCUGGACGCCAAUAUAUGCAACCUGGAGGUGAAUGGGUCGCAUUGUGUCAAUACAGAAGACGGCUAUGAGUGCCGCUGUAAAAAUGGAUACAUCAAAAAGGAGUUUACAGAUGAUCACGGACAUACAAAGAUGGCCUGCAAGCAAACGUGUGAAAAACCUUGUGGACCUAACGGAAACUGCAUCAAAAACGACACGACUGAUGAACACACUUGCAUUUGUGACAAAGGGUACUUCGGAAACCAGUGUCAGUUCGACUGUGGAUGCAACAAGCGCAGUCACUGCAAGAGUAAGGGCAAAUGUCUCAAAUGCGACGAAGGAUACACUGGAAAAGACUGCAGUUUGUGCAUGGAUGGCUUCUAUAGGAACUCAUCAAGUGAAUGUACAGAUUGUGAGUGUAAUGGAAAUGGCAAUCCGAAAGAAGGCAUUUGCAAGAAAGAUACGGGCAAAUGUGUGUGUAUGAACAACACGGAAGGCGACCAUUGCGAGAGGUGUAAAUUGGACGGGUUCUACUCGAGAUCUCCGGAUGACAAGCGAUGUUACCGAGUGUGUGACAGCAUGGCACAACUCCCGUUGCUAAAAGACCAACAACUAACCCAAUACAUAGGCUCGGAACAGGGUCCGUCGGCCGAAAAUCCGGAACAAGUAGCGUGUAUCUGGCUGAUAAAUUACGGAGAAGGAGCUAACAAGUCACCUGCGAUUUCCAGCGGAACGAGACUGACGUUCGAAAUUGUGGAACUUAACGUAGAUUGCAGUCAGAACUUCGUGUAUGUUUAUGAAAACACGCCUUCAUUUCUUUCCGGGGAUGGAGGAACGGGCGACAGUUCUAUGAACAGCGACAGCAAUCAACGAGAUAAACUGUUGGGAGCGUUUUGUGGCAAGUCCUCGCCCUUGUCCGGUCAUACACGAGUAAUAGAGUCCGAAACUACGAUCACUGUAAUUUUCAAGGCCAAUGUAACAGAUGGCAAUCAGUUUUUCACGGCCAAGAUUACAAAACACGAUAAGCCAUGUGUCGGAAAUUGGAUCAACCGAGGUGGUGACGACGCAUGUGAAUGUCCGUCUAAUAUGACGGGAUGGAAUUGUGACCUGCCAAGUUGUCCAAACAACUGUUCAAUUGAAAGAAAGCAAGGCGCUUGUGUUGUGGGAGAUGACGACAAGUAUUUCUGCAGCUGUAAGAAAGACUUCACUGGUCGAGAUUGCUCUCAGAAAAUAACGCAUCAAAGUAAACCUCAGUUUACAAUUUUACUCCCAGGAGCGUUUGGACGAGAAGCGAAGUACGGUAGACACGGACAUACAAUAGUAGUCGAUAAAAGUCAGAAGUAUCUUUACAUUAUUGGAGGCAGAAAUUUCGCCAAUAGUCCGGUUGAUAUGAUUAAAUAUUCGAUCGACGAGAAUAAAUUAACGACUGUAAGAACAGAAUUCUUGAUUAUUCCAUACAGAGGAUACUAUCAUACAAGUGCGAUCACAGAUAGCGAUACUGUCUAUGUUUUUGGGGGUCUCCAACAAAUGGACCAUAAAGGUUCUAGAACAUUCUGGCAUUUCAUACCUGAUGCCAAAGCGCAAAAUGACAAACUGAAGAUGUCACCUGUGUCCAAAGACGAUUACCCGGCAUACUCCGAGCCAGGUCAUAGCUGGAUUCCUACUGUUGCUCAACAUACGAUGAAUUAUGUUAAAAUUCAUAACCAGAGUAACCCGUCGAAGAAAGUUGAGUUGCUUGUCAUUAUUGGAGGCUACAGUCCGGAACAUGGUUUCAACAAUUAUACGUUGCAGUACGACAUUGAGAAAAAAGCGUGGUCGGCAGUUCCGACUGCGGGAUCGACACCCAUAGGAAUUUUCGGACAUACGACUGUCUACUACGAACCGUUCAAAACGUUUUACGUAUACGGUGGUUUUGUUUACUGGAGGAAUUCGGUUGUGAUGUCGAAUGAGCUCUAUGCAUUGACAUACAGUGAGUUCAACGACGGGUCUGACAGCAGUAAAGAACCGGCAAAAUGGAGUGUCGUGUACCCCAAAGAUAAUUUGUUCUACAGAUUACCAGCUAUUGUGUUCCAUCAAGCAGUAAUAGUAUCUGACUACAUGGUUGUUCUCGGAGGGCGAACGGAUCAAAAAGAUUUCACGAAUGAAGUUAUGAUUUACGUGAUUAAGUGCAACACAUGGUUACUGGAGCGCCAUUCAUUCUCAAACUCCGUGUUCGGGAAACUCAGGUUCGAACCUGUGAUCGGACACUCAGCGGUGGCGAUUGGAUCUGAUAUUUACAUAUACGGAGGCUUCAAUGGUGUCACUUUCCAAUCAAUGCACAAGCUUUCAAUGCCGGACGACAUCUGUAAUUUACAACAUGGAACCAACAAAGCAGAUUGCGAGAGACUUCCAGGAUGUACUUAUUGUGAAGCCAUAAAACCCUCGCCUGAUGAAUGCGGAGGCUUCGGCUCCUGUUGUUUGAACAGUACGACUUACACGCGAAAGGGCUCACUUAUUUGUGUUUCCCGUUCACGUUAUGGAGCCAAUAACGACGAAUGCUGGGUCGAUGCGGAUGCAAGAAAUUACUUCCCAUCGUUGCCGCGGAAAUUCAGGGCCUCGUGUUCCCAACACAGAACAUGUGAACAAUGUGUCUCCGAUUUUCUAGAGGAUCAAGGCCACAUAAGCUCGCGCGAACAAUGUCAAUGGUGCGAUACUCAAAAUUCAUGUAAACGAAAAGGCGAAGCUUGUGAUGCUAAGAAUCCUUCUGCCGAUCACAAUGUAAUUUAUGAGCCGCGGUCUUGCUCGAAGUGGAACAUGUGCCUGGCGUCGGACUGUGGCAAGUGCACCGUGUCUUCGGCAUGUUUCUGGAGCCGAAUGUUUCAGAACCAAAUACAGAGUUCGGUGAUUAAGAUGGAUCCACACUCAAAUUUUGACUGGGGUUGUUACCCUCUUAUUAUUCAAAAAUUAGCGGUGAAUAUAGAACAAACUUGCCCGGCUCCAUGCCAUUCGUACGAGAAUUGCUCGUCGUGUUUGAACUCGGGAGGCGCGGACGGCGGGCGGAAAGAAUGCUACUGGGCUCAAGGGCUAAACGAGUGUAUCAGCCCGACGUUUGCUGCGAUUCAAUGUGCAGCGGGAGAGUGCGGUCGUGUGGUGCGACAUUCAACCGAGGGCUGCCCAAAACUCUGCGAAGAUCAGAGAAAAUGCUCUUCGUGUAAAAAGAUGACUCACUGUGGAUGGUGCUCAUUGCAAAGUGGUCGCCAAGAGUAUGGAAUGGGCGCUUGCUGGGAAGGUGGAAUAAAUGGACCCAGACAACAGCGCUGUACAUCGGACAGUGUGAUUAGCCACCUGUUGAGUCGUCCGGCGGAGGAGCAGACUUUGGACCACUACGAACUGUUCGCUCUCAGGGGCCACGCCUGGUCGCACACCGACUGUCCACCUGAGAAUGAGUGCAAGAACCACCACCAUGACUGUGACAGUAAGACUGAGAGAUGCGAGGACAAGGAAGAGGGCUUCGAAUGUGUGUGCAAAGACGAUUACCUGAUCAACGAUAAAACAGGAAAAUGUGAGCCUCAGUGCAAACCUCCCUGUUCCAAAAAUGGAAAGUGCGUUGAGCCGAAUGAGUGCAAGUGCGACUUGGGCUAUAAAGGAGCCCAGUGCGAAACAAGCUGUGCAUGUCAUGGUCACAGUGUAUGUUCAAAUGAUCUCUACAAACCAUGUCUGAAUUGUCAGCACAACACUGGAGGAACAAAUUGUGAGAAAUGUGUGAGGAAAUACUACGGAAAUGCGACUUCGCCUUCAUCGAAUGCUUGUAAAAAGUGUUCCUCCUUAUGCAAUGGCAAAUCGGACUAUUGUAUCAACAGAGCGAUGUAUGAAAAGAAGUUCAGUCAUUUGACAAACAACGAGGACUUAAUGAGUACUUUCGACGACUUGAUCAUGCACGGUCCAGAAGCGAACGAAUCGAACACGAGCAAUCUGAUCUGCAUAAUGUGCCAAAACCACACGGCAGGAGACUUGUGCGAGAAGUGUAAGCCAGGCUACUACAAGCAUCCAGGUACCAAUGAGUGUGUUCCCUGUCAAUGUAAUGGACACGCGAUCGGAAACCUGUGCGAUCCAGAGACAGGUCUGGACUGCGACUGCCAAGGCAACACUCAGACUCCGGCUGAGUGCAAGUCCAAUAGUAUUGAAGAGAGACUUAGGAGUACAUGUGCAGCAUCACUACAAUGCUCCAUUUGCGAAAAACCUAUGGUGGAGAUUGCUUUCAAGUACAAGGGUGAACCUGCAAAUGGAAGGCAAUGCUACAGAGAGCUCAAAUGCUGGACAAAUACGUUCAUGCUCACAACGACGCACAUUAUUUAUGACAACGUUGUAGAUCAAACAAUUGGUCUGAAAGUGGGUGAAGCCACUUUUUUCUUCGUCGACCCGGAAGUGAAAACGGGACGUCAAAUGCACCGCGUGGUACUCGAGAUCAGUCAGGGAUCUGUGGAUUUGUACGUAUCAGAUGACUACAGAAUGGUUAAAAAGGACCAGUCGAAUGAAUUGUCGCCUAUCAUGCUCUACGAUGCCAAUGGUUAUCUGAUACCGCCGCGAAAGCGAAGACCGAGAACUACACCAUCGCCAGGUCAAGUUACAGCUACUAGGAUCCCACCGGCGUCAAGUUCAUCUGAAAUUGUCCACUACGCCAAACGACAAAGAAGAUUGGCCAACAAUAAGCCCGAAUUUACGGCGCAGUUAGUGGAAGGCACCAAUGACACAGUAGAACUAAAUAAUAACCAAAAACUACUCGAGAGUCUAACGAAGCGACAAAGUAUGUAUGUCAUGAACGCACAGUUUAAUGCAGAGAAAAAAGCAAUGUAUGUUAAUUUGAGACCAAAUAAGACUAUCCUGAUAGCUGAGAAUAUUACGGGAAGGUUUGAAGUUCUACUACCAGUGAAUGAAAAUAACCGAAAUUCGGUCACUGGCGUGAAGAAAAAACAGUACUACUUUGGCAUUCACAAUCCGGCCGAAGUGAAUGGCGUUAAAAGAACGGAUCUAGCUUCUGGAAUUAUUUACCAAGUCCAAUCAGAAACGAGACUUCCGAUACCUGCUGUAAUAUCCUUUAUAAUUUAUUUUUUCGCCUGUGCGGCUUCUAUGAUUCUUCUGUUUAUAAAAUGCUACACUGUUUUGAUUGGAGAUGACAACCAGAAUCUGGCCCAAAAUAGCGAAAAGGAGUCAUCAUGUCCGACUGUUCAGAUUGAUUUCCACUUCAAGUCCCAAAUUGACCCUUUGCCUGACCAGUUCGACAGUAAAAAGGCGGACUUGAAAACAAGGUACUUGAGUCUUCCGAGUAAAAAUACCCAGAAAAAGAAUAAUUUGAGAAAUAUCCAGAUGCUUGGUCGGCAAUUGUACUGCGCUAAGACUCUCUGCUACCAGCCAUUCAGAGACAAAAACAAGGCACCGAUGACGGUGAUGUUUGAAACGCCUUCCAGCUCAGGGGGUCAGAAGUUUUUCUUCGGAACAGCGAUUGUCCAGUGCAAGUCUAAAAAGAACCCCGAAAUCAUCCCGACAACCCCGCAGUCCAACGGUGCCUUAAACCACCCAAGUAUUGUGUUCCAGACGCAGAGAAGCGACAGCUCUUUUAUGGGAUCUGAAAGCCAGGUUAAUGCGAACGCCAACUGCUCGACGUUGCCAAACAGGAACCUGCAUCGAAGCUCCGGAUCCAUCUCAAAUAACUUCUACUUGGAGAAACCAAAUUCCAAUUUUGGAAGUUUAUCGAGAGGAGUUGAUCCGCGAAUGAACCGCUUCCAAAUUUAUGGGGGCCAUAAUAUGGUUCCGAGGUCCGGAUCUAUGGCAACUACAGUGCCAAUGGACGCUUCGGCUACCAGCACGAUAAACAGAAGUUCGCUGCAAAGAAACAGCAUGACGAGGAGCCAAACGUUUUCCCAACGACAAACGAACUUGUCGCCAACGACCACAUCGAUUAUUUAGCCUAAAAGACUCCUUGAUCGAUUAUUUAGCCUGAAAGACUCUUUGAUAUCAAAACUUACCGUGAAAGAUGUUCAUGUCGUGCAUAGAAGUAAGGACCCCAACGCCCUAAAUAAAUCACACACUAUCAUUUCUUUGAUAAUUGCCUUCUUUCAUACGCUAGUUCACAUCCACUAAAUCAAAAGUUCAACUGAGUUCACGCUAAAUUUUGGAAAAUUCUAUCUAUGCUAUUUUUGUAUCGUUCAAGUCUUUUCGUAAGCACACUUCAAUUUAAAAAUGCGUCCGAUUAGAUUCGGAUUUGUAAUUUAUUUAACAGCCAUUGUUAAGAACUAUUUCAUUGUUUUUCUUUGAUUAUUGAUAAUUAUACUGAAAUCGCGAACAUGAUAAAAUCUUCUAGAUUAUUCUUCGCGGAUUUUACAUCUCAGAUCCAUGAUUCGAAUGUGUGUUGUAACGACAACGAAAUAAUGACAACCUUGAAUUAGUAGAAAUUCUUGUAAGUUAGUUAAUUAGUUAUAUCAUAAAUAAUCUUCAAGGAAAAUGACAUUCUGUUUCGUGAUUAUAAAACUUUGUGUUGAGAGUAAUAAAAGCCGAAUUAUCUAUUAGUAAAAAAUUUAUCAUGAUCACUUGGAGAGUUUAUACACGAGAGAUUAAUUUGAUAUUUUUGUUUUUCUCUACAGUUUAGAUAGUUCGUUUUGUGAAUUGAAG